UUCAAUCACAGAAGCAAGAGUAGAGAAUUGAUUAUAUAAAAGUGGAUUCUCUAUAAUGAUAAACAGCACUCAGGACUAUGAGAGUUUCGAAACAGCAGCAGAUGAAAAGAUUGGACAGUGGCAGAGGAACUGAAUAUAUUAAAAGGACCUCCAGUAAGUAGAACCAGUGUUGACACUGUGACUGGGAAGAGGUCAUCCACUAGGAACUUGUGGACUAUCUUCUUGGGCCGCACAACUAUUUUGAGAAAACAUCCUCCUAAAAGAGGGAACAGAAGGAGAAACAUCUUUGCAAAAAAGACCUUGGUAUCCCAUGAACGAAACAGCAGAUCUCGUAUCGGGGUGCAGCAGUACUCCGGAGCCAGUUACGAGGCUCAGAAAAGGUUGCCAAUCUGAUGUUUCAGGAAAAGGUCAUAAUGAUAACCACCAAGGAGAAGAUCUGGGGCCCCUUUUAGUGGCAUCCGUUCCCUGUUCCCACUUCAAAAAAAAGUCUGAGGAGCAUGAGUGCAAUAAUGGACCAUCUCAGGAAGAUGAGGGGUUUAUGGGCAUGUCCCCCCUCUUACAAGCUCACCAUGCCAUGGAAAGAAUGGAAGAAUUUGUCUGUAAGGUAUGGGAAGGCCGAUGGAGGGUUAUUCCUCAUGAUGUACUGCCUGACUGGCUAAAAGACAACGAUUUCCUUUUGCAUGGGCACAGGCCCCCUAUGCCUUCUUUCCGGGCCUGUUUCAAGAGCAUCUUCAGAAUACACACAGAGACGGGCAACAUCUGGACGCACCUCUUAGGUUGUGUUUUCUUCCUGUGCCUGGGGAUCUUCUACAUGUUUCGUCCAAACAUCUCCUUUGUUGCUCCAUUACAAGAGAAAGUGGUCUUUGGAUUAUUCUUCCUGGGAGCCAUUCUCUGCCUUUCUUUCUCAUGGCUUUUCCACACUGUUUACUGCCACUCAGAAUCAGUCUCCCGGAUCUUCUCCAAACUGGAUUACUCUGGCAUUGCCCUCCUGAUCAUGGGAAGUUUUGUUCCUUGGCUUUAUUACUCCUUCUACUGUAAUCCACAGCCUUGCUUCAUCUACUUGAUUGUCAUCUGUGUACUGGGGAUUGCAGCCAUCAUUGUCUCCCAGUGGGAUAUGUUUGCCACCCCUCAGUAUCGUGGGGUGAGAGCAGGAGUGUUUCUGGGCUUGGGCCUAAGUGGAAUCAUUCCUACACUGCACUAUAUCUUUUCGGAGGGGUUCCUGAAGGCUGCCACCAUUGGACAGAUAGGCUGGCUGCUGCUCAUGGCCUGUCUGUACAUCACUGGAGCUGCACUCUAUGCUGCUCGGAUCCCAGAGCGCUUCUUCCCUGGAAAGUGUGACAUCUGGUUUCACUCCCAUCAGCUCUUUCACAUCUUUGUGGUUGCUGGGGCUUUUGUGCACUUCCAUGGUGUCUCAAACCUCCAGGAGUUCCGUUUCAUGAUUGGUGGGGGCUGCAGCGAGGAGGACGCACUGUAAAACCUGCCAGUGUCCCUGGACCAUAACCCAGAACCAGGGCCAGCAACAGCUGUGGUCCGUAUUGACUGGCCAUUGAUGCAAAACACCAGAAAGAGCCCCACAACUUUGAGCUGGGCAUCGAGGCUUCCCAGGGGCUGAACGUGGUACACGAUAGAGAAGAGAAAAACAAAAAUAAAUCAUACCUCAAAGGAUGGAGUGCAUCAAUUUGGAGAAAAGGAGAUGUAUGCUCAAACUUAACUUAUUCUUAGGAAUCUACAGAUUGAGGGCCAUGGAGGACCCUUGGCAAACUGGCUUCUGUUCAAUGCCAUAUUUAUUUGUAGAAGACGGGGGCAUCUUAGUUGGCUGUUCUUCCCUUCCCUGCCCUGCCCUGCCCUGCCCUGCCCUGCCCUGCCCUUCUCCUCUUCUCUUCUCUUCUCUUCUC